AAUGCCGCAGCUGAACAGCGGUGGAGGGGAUGAUCUGGGGGCGAACGAUGAAAUGAUCUCCUUUAAGGACGAAGGGGAGCAGGAGGAGAAAAUCUCCGAGAACGCUCUCACAGAGAGGGACCUAGCAGACGUGAAGUCAUCGUUAGUCAACGAGUCGGAGACUAACCAGAACGUAAAUCCUCCAUCCGAUCCAGGGGCGAUUAGACGCUCACAGGACAAUCAAAGAAUUUACCAAGACAAAUCCAGAGGUCACAUCGAUGACGUUAUAAAGCAGCGUCAAGAUGGUGGUACAUUCAAAGGGACAGCCUACUCGGGGUAUCCCCACUUUCUGAUGCUCCAGGACCCCUACCUGCCCAAUGGAUCCCUCUCUCCAUCUCUGGAGGAAGGUCAUUUCCGUUAUUCACAAUGUAGCUUUCACUCAUCUUGGCCAGGUCAUCUGGCAGAGGGAACGAAAACUGACAACCCCAGAGGGUGGAAGGGAUUUAUUCUGUCAAACAAGGUUCCUGUGGUGCAGCCAUCCCAUGCAGUCCAUCCCCUCACGCCUCUCAUCUCAUACAGCAAUGAGCACUUUGCUCCCAGUUCCCACUCACCGCACCUUCCAGCUGAAAUCAACCAGAAAACAGGUUUGCACCGGUCACCUCAAGGCCCUGAACUGGCUGCUUUAUAUUCUUUGUCUCCUGGUAGUGUAGGACAGAUCACCCCUACAGUGGGCUGGCAAGGUCAGUCUGUUUAUCCAAUUACAUCAUGUGGAUUUAGACAACCUUACUCCUCACCGCUUCCACCCAGCACUUCCAUAUCCAGGUUUCCCCAUCCUCUGGUUCUGGGCCCUCCGGGCAUGCACUCUACAGGGAUCCCCCAUCCUGCCAUUGUGAGUGCUUCAGGCAAACCAGACAUGAAUCAGUAUGACAGUGGGCUGAGAUCCAUGAAACCUAAUCCUGAACCAAAAAGGGAAAAAGAAAGUAAAAAGCCUACUAUCAAAAAACCCCUCAAUGCAUUUAUGCUUUACAUGAAAGAAAUGAGGGCGAAGGUCGUAGCUGAGUGCACUCUGAAAGAGAGCGCAGCCAUCAAUCAGAUCUUGGGUAGAAGAUGGCAUGCUCUCUCCCGUGAAGAACAGGCAAAGUACUAUGAAUUGGCAAGGAAAGAACGACAACUACACAUGCAGCUUUAUCCAGGCUGGUCUGCCAGGGAUAACUAUGUGGUGACCCCACGGGUGCCGGGAGCCCUCAGUGCCUUACCAAGUGGCUAUUCUUCACAUGAGGGUAAAAAGAAAAGGAGGAAACGAGAAAAGCAGCAAGACUCUGAUUCAGAUCCAAGCUCUCCUAAGAAAUGCCGGGCACGCUUUGGCCUUGACCAACGGACAGACUGGUGCGGCCCUUGCAGGAAGAAAAAGAAAUGCAUUCGAUACCUGCAAGGAGAAGCCAGGUGCACCAGCCCAGUUUCUUCAGAUGGAAGUGUGAUGGACUGUCCUUCCUCUCCUCCUAAUGCACUCCAGCCUCCAGCGGAAACUUCAGCCAAGCUUGCUAACUCUGCAGACAUAGUGCAACAAGCACAGCCAAACCCAGUCUCUUUCUCUGCUCAGCCCCAGCCUAACACAAAUCUAACCAGACUUUCUAUUCCGUCUACACUGGACUCUCAACUAUAUAAUAGUACCUUACUGAACAUCCCACAUCAGCAUACGAUGUCAAGAUAAUGGGCAACUUCAACCAUGAUGACUAAUUGAAUAGUAGCAUCCUAGUGCUUGAGUAUGGAGAAUCCAUGAUGCCUUUAACCAGGCCCAACCAGUGUAGUGCACAUUCAAAGAACAAGUGGCUCUGAAAUAUACUUAAACUCUGGCAUCCUAUCAAGACACAAAACAAAAUCUGAUUCUACUCUUGCAAGAUUUUCCAAUGAGGAACAUUAUAUGAUUGAAACAAGAUGCAAUUUGUCAUUUAACAUGUUCCUGGCAGUCUUUAUCUUGAUUGUUCCAUCUAUGAUGGAGUUCAAAACUAUUCAAAUAACCAAUUAGUUUAUUUAUGGGCAUUUAACCAACAAAACCAGGCUAUUUCCUAGUUAGUGCUUUUAUCUGGGGUCCUGUUUAUCUUUGUAUAUACCAAUAUGUAUAAACACAUUCCUCUUCCCCACAGUUCUAUGGCAGAGCAAGUUGUUUCCUUUCUCCACCUGUAGCAAUGGAAACAGUUCUGACAGUUGGAGCUUAUGAAUUCAUCCAAUAGUGGAUACUUUACAAUAUUUGCCACCCAAAGAACAUUUCCAGGUCUUCUUCCUUAAGUCAAGAGCAUUCUGAUUUCUGAUUCUGAUGUUUUCAGCACUGACUGGAUUAGUUUAACAAGCAUUAGUUUAUAUCAGUCCUACGUCUAUAAAAUCUUAUGUAGCUGUAAUUUGUCUAGGGAGCAUUAUUUCUUCAUAGACAGGGCCUAUUAAUAAAUACCUUUUAAGAAAAGGUGAACAUAGAUGACUACUGUCUCCAAAUGGUUUUGUUAGUUAGGGUUUGACCCCAUCUUUCAUCUACACACAGCAACUGGGCACACAUGUCCUCCAAGUAGAUAUUUUCAUCAGAUAUGAUACAUUUUGAAAAAGUCAACAGUACGACAAUGUGUUUCAGGUGUUGCAGUGGAUGAGACUGUGUCCAGUUUCUCUUAAGGCUUAGACUAGAGAUGAACAUUUCUAUAUUUUCUAAUUUGCUUAAAAUUCCUUAUAUUUAAAAGUUUACUAUUAAAAUUUGAUGCGAUUUGAUAGACUUACAAACAUGGAUUUUUGUUUUGCUUCAGUUUAUAAUUUUUAGUUAAGUUGCAGUACGUAAAGAAUAGAUUACGUUUUUGUCAUUAUGAUUUUUGGGUGCAUUACUUCCACAGCUAUGUACUAUCCCUUCAAAUUUGUAAACCUUUGAAAACUCAACAGUGGACGGAAUC